UUUGAUUCGGUGGAGAGCUUGGCUGCCUGCUUGCCCCGGGGUGCGUCGGCGGUGGGAGAUGGCUUCGAGUUCGAUCUUGGCUACGCAAGUCGCAGCUUCGUAUCUGGGCCGCCGACGCCGUUGCCUGUCGGAGCGCCUUGUCGGCGGCCACGACGCUUUAUUCCGGCGGCCAACCCUGACGAGGAGGAGGAUUGCCUGCAACACGGAUGACCCCACCAGAAAGAGACCUCCUGGCAGCGACGACUCGACCACCGGGAUUCAGCUCUACCCUCAGAUCGAAAGAUUAAUUAUUGAAACCGCAAAGCAGUCUCAACAUGGCUGGGGUACUUCUGGAGAUUGGAAUGAAAUUGAGGGUGCAUGGGUACUGAAACCAAAAAUUGCAAGGCCCACAUCAGUUGUCCAUUUUGUUGGUGGAGUUUUUGUUGGAGCUGCACCUCAGCUAACUUAUCGCUUUUUUCUAGAGUGUCUUUCUAAUAAGGGUGCUUUGGUAGUUGCCACACCUUUUGCUAGCGGUUUUGAUCACUUCUUAAUUGCAGAUGAAGUGCAAUUCAAAUUUGCUAGGUGCCUUCGGUUUUUACAGGAUACUGUAAAUGACCUUCCAAUAUUUGGUAUUGGCCAUUCUCUGGGAUCUGUUAUCCACCUUUUAAUUGGAUCAAGAUAUGCUGUAGAAAGAACUGGGAAUGUAUUAAUGGCUUUCAACAAUAAGGAAGCAAGCCUAGCUAUCCCAUUAUUUUCUCCUGUUAUUGUCCCAAUGGCACAAAGUUUUGGUCCGGUUCUAUCCCAGCUCACAUCAUCCCCAACAAUUCGCCAUGGAGCAGAAAUGGCUAUGAAGCAACUAGAGAAUCUUAGUCCUCCAAUCAUGAGGCAAGUUCUUCCUUUGGUUGAGCAACUUCCUCCAUUGUAUAUGGAUUUACUUAAGGGGAGAGAAGAUUUUACUCCAAAACCAGAGGAAACUCGCCGACUGAUAAGGUCUUAUUAUGGUAUUUCACGGAACCUUUUGAUAAAGUUUAAGGAUGAUACGAUUGAUGAAACUUCAACACUGGAACAAGUGCUAAGCUCGAAAUCUGCCAUAAGCUCCCUACUGGAUAUGUCAAUUAGGUCCAUUCCUGGAGAUCAUGGGCUUCCUUUGCAACAGGUCUUCCCUGAUGCUCCGCCUGGUAUGGCAGAUGCUGUAAAUCGAGGAGGUGAGCUUCUUGUAAAUCUGACCGCUGGAACACCAUGGGAAGCUGUGGCAAAAGACGUAGGCAACACAAUGGGUGUGGAUUCAGGGAUCCUACGGGCACAGAUCUCAAAGGAUGUUAAUAUGCUUGUUGAUGUAAUCGCAUCAUGGAUGGCUUCAAACUCUGGCCCGAAACUUCUUCAACCAUGAGCAUAUAUAGAGAUAGGAAAGAUAAGUUUAAUGGGCAAUGACAGCAUCUAAGGUAAAAUUACAGAGAUUGAAAUGAUGCCAAUAGUUGUACAUAUAAUGUAUGCACACUGUAUGUGUCUAGGAUUUGAUCUGUGCAUAUUGCUGAAAGCCUUCUGUGGCAUUUUUAUGGAAUCCAAUGUAUUCAUAACUUUUUUCAUAACCUUCACGCCUUGUUCCAGCAAGUUAUAUGGUGGCAAUAAUUGCCUACACACUUCAUCAAAAGAGAAUCUUCCCCCCACCUUU